AUGCCAACAACAUGCACAAACAUUACCGAAAUCGCACUGAAAACAAUCCCUUCAGCUUCCAAAAUCGAAAUCAAGCGCGUCCUCGAAUCACUCUACGGCUUCGAAGUCGAAAAGGUGCGCACUCUUAACAUGGAAGGGAAAAAGAAAAAACGAGGCGGAUUACUCCUCGCCAAGCCUGACUAUAAAAAAGCAUACGUCACGCUUAGAAAUUCGCUCUCGAUUUCGCCCAAUUUGUUUCCGAUCGGAAUUAUUGAGGAAGAGAGGGAGAGAAUGAGUAAGAAGAAACCGGAGAGUAGUUUUGUUGACGAUAAUAGAAUUCACUGGCUUGAUGAGAAGAAGAAGUUGACUGGUGGUAGUGGCGGUGCUGGUGGAUGGCGUGGCAUUCGCGGUGAUCGUGGCGGUCGCAGUGAUCGCGGUCGCGGUCGUGGUGAUGUGGUGGCGGAGAAGGCUAAGUUUCCUUGGAGCAGCAUGAGGGGUGCUGCUGCUAAUUCUAGGUAG